AUGCAUUUAAUUAACAAAUCAUACCUUUUCCAGACUCCAAAUGAUUACCGUGGAUACAGUGAAUCACAUUUUUACGGAAUACAAUCAAAAUUAAACAAUCAAUUUGCGGAAUUUAUAAUGCAAGCAGCAACAUUUGCAGCAAAUGUUCAACGUAAUCGGGCUUUUUACUAUGAUGUAGCAAAAAUUUGUAAACUUUUACGUCAACAUAUCAUUGCGUUCCAUUUUUUAAUCUAUACGAUAGCAGUUGUAAUACCAUGUAUUUUGGGUCUUAUCAUGGCAGCUUUUGUUUGGCGUUCACUUGUACGACAAAUUGAUAGCAUCAUUACGGCACCUUCAGAUGGCGUGGAUUUACCACCUUUAGCAAAUAAACCACCCGGAUUCUAUGUGCCUUUACAUCGGCGUCCAAUAAUUUAUUUGCAGCUUGCGAAAGAGAAAUGCUUUGGAAAGGAAGGAUUAUACGUAAAAAAUUUUGCGGAAUUCUUAUUAAAAUUUAGAAACUUUAAGUUUUAG